CUUCAAGAUGACUUCUUCACUCACGCAGCGCUUUAUGUGUAGCUUUACUGCAUACAUUCUUCGAGCUCAGAUCGAAUAAAUGCCGACUCGGACUGGCCACCUGGCUCUCACACUGUCCUCUGCGCCUUGGCCAACUUGAAAAGUCACAAGAAACUUUGAAGUACUAUUUAAUAACCGGGUUAGGUGCCUUAUUAGUAUUGAACCUCCCUAGUAUUCAACCUUGCCCGCAAACUCAGAACCCCUUUUUUAUUACUGAACCAUUCAACCACUCCUCCAGUGGCAAGGACCUGAAUCCUCUGCGAUGCACAGCAGUCGGUUACGAAGGCCGUCACUACGUUUGAAGACCCAACGGGGUUGUGCUGCUUCCACUCCAGCAAACCCGCCAAGGCAGGCAGACGAGCAGCAACUUCACGCUAUUGACAGACCACGCCGCCAACAAUAACAUGCUGCAAGCAAAGCUCGGGCGUGAGGCGAUCGGCUUGGCCUCGGCGGGUCUGGUCUCGCUGCUGACAGUGCCUGCGCUGGUCUACGCCGGGCGGGCCAAUUUUCGUUCUGGUUUUGGAAGGAGAGGCUAUGUGCAGCUCGGCGGAGAGGGAGACGGCUAUGAGGACCGCGACGGCUUCGCCACCGAGGAUUCGAUCCACGCCUACACCGACACACGACCCAGGAUUGCCGCCUGGCUCGGCACGGCUACCGGCCUUGGUGCAUGCAUAGCCACGAGAGUGCUGGCACUGAAGAGCAGUGCCGAGCACGGCGAUGUGUUUUCAGAGCUGUCCGCCUGGGCAGAGCUGGCAUGCUGGGUGUUGCUGGGCUUGCACUGUGCCUGUCUUCCUGCUAGACACCGAUAUCAAGCGAAGUUCCGGCUCACCGUCUUUGGCCUCGUGUCGUCGUUGUUGAUUGCUAUCACUGUCGCCGUGCGCCAUGGCUACAACGCACUGGCAUCGCUUUACGCCGCCGAGAAGGGAACGACGGCGCUUGUGUUAGGUCUGCUCUAUCUACUCCAACUUGCUGCCGCCUCGGUCACAGCGCUCGCCUUCGCUGCAUUCCCCCGCCGCCCCAAUGUCUACGACAGGACCAGCCUUGUCGACCAGCAGCACACCCUAUCGCUGCUAGCCCGCUUCUCCUUCACCUGGAAUCGUGCCAUCUUCAACGUCGCCAAGGAGCGGCAGAUGGAAGUUCAAGACAUUCCCAAUCUCGACUAUGCCACUCGAUCUCGAAACCUGGAAGCCAGGUUCCGUGAGAGAUGCGCCAAGGGGGAUCCCCUGUGGAAACAGCUCAUCAAGGCCCAUGCCGGCGAGCUCGCUCUGCAGUGGACCUUGACCCUGUUCAUUGCCUUCUUGUCUCUGUUCCCUCAAGUCGUCCUCUACAAUUUCCUGUCCAGGAUCGAGCGCAGCCAGCAGCACGCGUCCGCGGACCCUACCGUCUUCAUCUGGGUGUUUGGUCUCCUGCUCAGCCAGCUGCUCCAAGUCGGAGUCAACAACUGGCUCAAGUGGAUCACGGCCAGCCGGCUGGAGAUCCCCGUGGGUUCGUUGUUGCAGUCCCUGGUCUUCUCCAAGGCUCUCAAGCAGUACGAGACGGCGCCUCCCGGGCUGAAUGUCGAUAAGAACAACAACUCUGGCAGCCGGGAUGACUCCGACGAUUCGCAGGCCAAGACGGAGGGACAGGCUGGCAAGGGGAAGAAGAAGGGCAAAGAAUCCGAAACGCGGCAGUCGGUGAUCAACCACAUGAAGCUCGAUAGCGGGCGCGUCACAAUCUUCUGCACGUACAACAACAACUUCCCCAUGGCCAUCUUCAAGCUCAUCCUCGCCGGCGGGUUUGCCGUCAGCUUGAUGGGCUGGAUGCCGGUCUUGUGCGGCCUCGGUGCCGGAUCGCUUAUGGUUCCGCUGAGCUCGCUCCUGUCGAAGAGGUAUACGUCGCUGCACUUCGGCCUGAUGAAAUAUCGCGACGGAAAGGCCCAUCUCUUGACCGAGGCCUUGCAGGGCAUGCGGCAGAUCCGGUACUCGGCGCUUGAGCAGCACUGGGAGAAGAAGAUACUGGCGUCGCGCAACGAGGAACUCAGGCAGUACUGGAGGGUGGCGCUGUGGCAGUGUCUGGUUGUCUUCAUUGUCAAUCUCGGCCCGCUGCUACUCGCCAGUGUGACCUUCUUUAUCUACGUCUCGCAGAAUGGAUCGCACAUUCGCGCCUCCGUCAUCUUCACGUCGCUCGGCCUGUUUGACCAGCUUGACGAGGCCGUGGCCCUGCUGCCGCUCCUGCAGAUGUACUUGCUCGAGGCCUGGACCAGCGCCGUGAGGCUGGAGAAGUACUUCAACCAGUCGGACAAAGAGCCCGUGUCGGAACCGGGAGAUGCCAUCGCCUUUGACCAUGCCACGGUGGCAUGGCCGAGAAUUGAAGACAGCGAGGUGCCGCCGGAGGGCGCAGGAGCAGCCGAGGAGCGCAGAGAAAGCCACUCGAUGCUCCGCGACGCGACCCUCAACUUUCCUAUGGGCAAGCUCAGCGUGAUCACGGGCAAGACCGGGGCGGGCAAGAGCCUCCUGCUCGCAGCGCUCCUGGGAGAGGUCAAGUUGCUGGCUGGUACCAUCCGCAUGCCGUCCGUGCCCGAAUUCGACGAGAACGCCGAGCAUAAUAUUCCCGAGUCAGAAUGGAUCAUCCCUCAGCUGACCGCGUUCGUCUCGCAAACUCCGUGGAUCGAAGGCGGAAACGUCCGGGAGAACAUUGUGUUCGGCCUCCCCUUCGUCGAGGACCGCUACCGCAAGGUUCUGGCCGCCUGUGCUCUCGAGAAGGACAUUGAGCUCCUGGUGGACGGCGACGAGACCGAGGUUGGGCCCAAGGGCGUCACCCUGUCGGGCGGGCAGCGCUGGCGCGUAGCACUGGCCCGGGCUCUCUACUCGCGCGCCGGAAUCCUCGUGCUUGACGACGUCCUCAGCGCGGUGGACGCCCAUGUCGGCAGGCUGAUCGUGGACAAGGCGCUCACCGGAAAGCUCGCUCUCGGCCGGACCCGCGUUUUGGCCACGCACCAUUCUGAGCUGGUUCUGCCUCACGCGAGCUACCUGGUCCGCCUCCACAACGGAGAAGUCGAGUCGGCCGAGCUUCUCUCGCCGUCCGAUGCGGGAACUGCUGUGGCAGUCGAACCUGAGCAGCAGACAGGAACCGUGUCAUUGGGAGACGCCUCCGGAAACAACCAGGAUGGCGAUUCCCCUCCGGCUGGGCCGAAGAAGGCCAAGAAGGAGGAAGAGCAGAGAGAGACCGGCCGUGUCAAGUGGAAGGUUUACAAGGCGUAUUACGAUGCCAGUGGCGGUGCGAUCCCGUGGCUCGUGGGAGUCCUCAUCCUCCUCCUCGGCCAUUCCCUGACUGUUGCGCGAACUUGGAGCUUGAAGGAACUAUCCGAGCAAGCCUCGUCCGAGGUCGCGCAUCUCACAUCGCGAGCGGUGGGAGCCGUCACCGCCCUUGUGUACACGGAUGAAUUUGUCUCUCAAAAGACCCUAGGGACGGAGCACGGCAUUUUCUUUUGGCUGACGGCAUACAUCGUAAUCGAGUUCGCCAUGCUCCUGGUGCAGAUCAUCCGGGUCAUGACCUUCUUCUUCGUUGGCUUGACGGCAUCCCGGGUGCUCUUCCAACGCAUGACCCACGCCAUUCUCAGGGCCCCCUUACGCUGGAUCGACACUGUGCCGGCCGGUCGCAUCCUCAACCGGUUCACUUCGGAUACCUUCAUCGUCGACAGGCGGCUGUCCUCCCAAACCUUCACCUUUCUCCGGACCAUCCUGUUCCUCGCGGUCAUCAUCGCAACCAGCUUGUCUGUCUCGGUCUACGUCAUCUUCUUCGGCGUGUUGCUGUUCCUGCUCUACGUGCGGGUUGCGCGCGAGUACAUCACGGCUGCGCGCGAGGUCAAGCGGAUCAACUCGGUGUCGCACUCGCCGAUCUACGACCAGUUCAGCUCGGUCCUCUCGGGCCUCUCCACCAUCCGCGCCUUCGGCCGCACCAAGUUCUACAUGGACCGCAUGUACGGUCUGAUCGACAACAGCUCCAAGGCAUCGUGGAUGCUGCAGCUGUCCAGCCGCUGGAUGGCCUUCCGGAUGGGCGUGCUCGGGGCUCUGUUCGUCAGCGUGGUCGCCAACGCGGUGGCCUUCAGCCGCGUCGACGCCGCUCUGGCCGGCUUCUGCUUGGCUUUUGCGCUGCGCUAUACCAACGCCCUGACGUCGCUGCUCCAGGCCAUGACCUCGGUCGAACUGGGCUUCAACGCCUGCGAGCGAGUGCUGGAAUAUGCCGAGAUCGCGACCGAGCCCGAAGGCGGUAAGAAUGCCCCGGCUGCGUGGCCGACCGAAGGGAAGAUCGAGGUCGACAACUUGACGGUCCGCUACGCCGACGACUUGCCGCCGGUCUUGAAGAGCCUGAACUUCACGGUUGGUGCCGGUGAGCGGAUCGGUAUUGUCGGCCGGACGGGUGCCGGGAAGUCGACUUUGGCUGCCGUCUUCUUCCGUCUGCUCGAGCCCGUGGAGGGCUGCGUGAGCAUUGACAAUGUGGAUAUUUCGACCCUCAAGUUGGCUCAGCUGCGGAGCCGUCUUGCCAUCAUCCCACAGGACCCCUUCCUCUUCUCGGGCACCUUGCGCUCGAACCUUGACAUGGAGGGCGUCCUGGACGACCACGAGCUGCUCGAAUCGCUGAAGCGUGUCCACCUGAUUGAGACAGACGACGACGACGACGACCAUCCGGGGCGUCCGACUGUCUGUCAGCCCGCUCAAACAAUCGACACCGUCGUGGCAACGACCUCGGCAUCCGGCGCUCUCCCAGCUAUCGACUCCGAGACGGCGACAGAGGCGUCCACGGCCGCCGAUCCCGAACCGACCAUCAUCGAGCCGCAACGCAGCCAGACCAACGCCAGCCACUCGAGCAACAUCUUCACCAACCUCUCGACGCCCAUCAGCGCCGGCGGCGCCAACCUGUCCCAGGGCCAGCGCCAGCUCGUCUGCCUAGCCCGCGCCCUGCUCAAGCGGCCCAAGAUCGUCGUCCUGGACGAGGCCACCAGCGCCGUCGACCAGGGUACCGACAGCAGCAUCCAGGCGUCGCUGCGCAAGGAGUUUGCCGCGGCCGGUUGCACCGUGCUGGUCAUUGCGCACCGCCUGUCGACUGUAGCCGACUUUGACCGGCUGCUGGUGCUGGAGAAGGGGCGCGUGGCCGAGAUGGGCAGUCCGCGCGAGCUGUUGUUGGCCGGUAUGAGACGGGAACGGGCGGCGGCGGCUGCUACUGCUAAUGAUAAUGAACAAGAGGUGCGGGAUGUGGAUAACGAUAAUAAUAAUAAUGGUGGUGGUGGUGGUGGUGCUGCUGCUGCUGUCGGCAGAGACGAGGAAGGAGAGGAAAGCAGCACGCUGCGCAGCGAGGCACGUGGGGAAAGUGAAGAUGGCACGGGGGCUUUUUGGGAGCUGGUUCAGCAGAGCGCGGAGAAGGAUAAGCUGGUGGAUAUGAUUCUAGAAGAGGAGCAAGUCACGCUGGAGGAGAGCAUUUUGGGAGCGCAGCAGCGGGGUUAAGAAGCUGGAUAAGCCUUAGAGUCGGGACAGCUGGGUUUUGUUUCCGGCCUGGCGUUUUCUCUCGCAUAGACAAGUAAUAGAGUCUUGCGUUCUGAUAGUAUGGAUGGAGUGGGGAACAUGUACAUAUAAGACACCAGUGCUGGGCACGCACAUGUACAUGUAGUAUUGUAUUGUAUUAUACUGUGUAUCCGUUAAGAACAAACACAGCAUACGGGUAGUUUGUAUGCUACCCAGGGAUUAUCGGUCCGGAAA